CCGCAGGACUGAGCGCACGGGAGAGCCCUCAUAUGUAAUCUCUUGAUAGUGCAUUUUUGCCUUUGUUGUUUUGCCAAACCUGUAUCUUAUGUUGGAAUAUAAGCAAGAAAGCCAGGUAUUUAAGUGUUUUUCUAGAGCAAUACAGAGUGGUUAAAUUGCGCUUUUAUGACCUUGCACCGAAUGUCAUUAUAACAGGAAUUUAGUCUUGUUAAGGGUAACAAACACAGCUGCAAGGAUGGAGAUUGUAACUCAUUUAAUAAAUGAUACCAUAGAGUUCUAUAAAUGGAGCCUUACCAUUGCAGACAAGCGUGUGGAGAAAUGGCCACUGAUGGGUUCGCCCCUCCCCACCCUGGCCAUCAGCUCCAUGUACUUGCUCUUCCUGUGGGUGGGGCCCAAGUUCAUGCAGAACAGAGAGCCCUUCCAGCUGAGGAAGACUCUGAUUGUCUACAAUUUCAGCAUGGUCAUCCUCAACUUCUUCAUCUUCAAAGAGCUCUUUCUGGCAGCACGGGCAGCGGGCUACAGCUACCUGUGCCAGCCGGUCAACUACUCAGAUGACGUGAAUGAAGUUCGGAUGGCAGCAGCACUGUGGUGGUACUAUGUCUCCAAGGGUGUGGAGUACCUGGACACAGUAUUCUUCAUCUUGCGUAAGAAGUUUAACCAGGUCAGCUUCCUGCACGUGUACCACCACUGCACCAUGUUCACACUCUGGUGGAUCGGCAUCAAGUGGGUGGCAGGCGGACAGUCUUUCUUCGGAGCUCACAUGAACGCUGCCAUCCACGUCAUCAUGUACCUGUACUACGGGCUGGCCGCCUUCGGACCCAGCAUCCAGAAAUACCUGUGGUGGAAGAAGUACCUGACUAUCAUUCAGAUGAUCCAGUUCCAUGUGACGAUUGGCCACACGGCCCUGUCACUCUACAUCGACUGUGCCUUCCCCCACUGGAUGCACUGGGCCCUGAUCGGCUACGCCAUAACCUUCAUCAUCCUCUUCGGCAACUUCUACUACCAGACCUACCGCCGCCAGCCCCGCCGGGAGGCCCCGCCCAAGGGCGGCAAGGCCGUCGCCAACGGCAUCGCCAACGGGGUCUCCCCGGCAACCAACGGCGUCAGCAAACUGGAGGAGAAGCAGGUGCCGGUAGAGAACGGGAGGAGGAAGAGGAGGGGCCGAGCCAAGCGCGAGUAAGAGCUGAGCGGGCCAAGGGGGGGGAGAGGGGGGGCGAGGGAUCCGGCCUCGCUCAGGACACCGAGAGGACCACAGGUCUGGGAGGGUGUGGGGGGCGUGGUGCGACACCACACCCCCCACAGAAACUGCGUGAAUGUGACCUGCCUAUGAUGGAGCGGCAGGAGGGUGUCAUACAUUAUCACAGGUCAUGAGCACAUCAGUUCUACACUCUGUGUUCUCUCUCUUUACGGGGGUCGCAAUAGGGUGGCAUCUCCGUACAGAGACAGGAAUACGGCAGGCGCGCAGACCCUGGACCCUGACCCGACGCACGCUUGCUUCUUUGUAAUGGAGGACUUCCGCGUCCCAUCAUCCGGCAGCAUCAUGCCAUCCCGGUUUUUAUCAACCCAGCUGUAGUUUUAUUUUCCAUUGGUUUGUUUUGUAUGUUGCCUUUGUUUUUAGUGUCCUGCUUUCUGUGAUUGAGUGUAUUAAUAUUUUAUAAGACAGUUAUUUAAAAUGUUUCUUUUUUUUUUUUUUACUUUUUUCACCCAAGCCAACAGGCCAAUGGACAUGCAGCAUGAAUUGCCCAAUUACAGAUCACACCAAUGAACAGAGUCGGGAAGAGUCAUGUGUACGCACCCCACAUAAACAUUCCAGUAGCAGUCUUGCUGCUAUUGACUGACACAUAUCACCUGAUGUGUGUUGCAGGCCUGGAGGUGGGACUACAACCGUGGCUUCAAUUGGCAUAUAUUAGCCAUCAUAACACUUGUCUUCAAGAUUACAGUUUUGUCUGUCCACAGAAUACUAAAGCAAGUUGGCGUGUGAUUUCUAUAGUUACAAGCCCCAUUGGGGGAAUAUUUAAUGUAUUAUGUGUAAUGUAAUGGACUCAUACGUAUCAAUGCAAUUCCCUGCAGAAAUCCAGAGAUCCUUUUUUGCUUUCAUAAUUAGGCAGAUAUUACCACAAUACACAAUUAACCAGCUUCAGUGAGGUCAGAUGUUAUCUCAAUGGAUAGUAUUUAAGAACUUGCAAAUAUUCCAGGUGAUAAAGUCCAAAGAAAUAUCUAUGACAUUGCAUAAAUUUAUUUUUCCAGUUUUGGUUGAAUUAUAAAAAGCUCUCAAAAGCUUUUUAAAACCUCAAUGGUUGAUAAGUAGAGCAUGAUAAAAAAAUAUCUGCCCAUCUAAAUUGAAUGUUAAUGCUAUUAGUAUUUAUUAAUAUUUAACA